AUGGCCUACAACGCGCCCCCUUCAGCCAGCUCGCGCUUCUCCCUCUCCUCCCUCCCCUCCCCCAGCCCCUCCCUCUACUCCCACUCCCACUCCCCCUCCGCCUCCACCCUCGCCGCCGCAAACCAGAACCGCCGCGAGUCCGCCAGAGCAUCCCAGCCCUCCUCGCUCCAGCAGCAGCUCUUCGGGAGCAGCACUCCGGCCCCACUGGGCCCCCAAAAUAUCCAAGAUCGUCCCCUGGGCAAGUCAAAGCUUGCAGAAGUAAGCCUCGGUGCAUGGUCAUUCCUAUUCGCCGAGGUCGUGGCAUACAGCCAGAGCAGAGUGGAUAGCGUGUCUGAUCUGGAAGCGAGAUUGUCGUCACUAGGCUACGAUGCAGGACAGAGGAUACUCCCGCUUCUGCUCUUACGCAACACCCAGUCGUCAGGCAUCAAGGAGCCCAAGAGGGAGCACCGCCUCAUCCCCAUACUCCAAUUCAUCCAUACGCAGGUGUACCGCUAUUGCUUUGGCAAGCCCGCAGACGGUCUGGAACGCAGCGUAGAGGAAGAGAACGAGUACAUGAUCACGUUAAAUCAGCCACCAUUAACUCAAUUCAUAUCUGUGCCGAAAGACAUGUCACAGCUCAGCUGCGAGGCGUUCACCGCCGGCAUCGUCGAAGGCGUGCUCGACGGUCUGGAAGUGCCGGCUCGCGUAACAGCUCAUACGGUACCAACAGACCAGUUUCCUCAGCGCACGGUGAUCCUCAUCAAGUUGGACCAAAAGGUGAUGGACAGGGAGGAGGCGUUGGGCAAAUAG